AUGUCCCUCAUAUCCUCCGCCGCCUCUCCAAGCGCAACAAGCACCUCGUGCACCACAGCCGACUUCUCCGUCUUCCCGACCCAAGACAUAUUCUGCGGCGUAGGCAGCACAACGGGCGUCGCGUCCAACACGUCCUCCGCACUCAAACAAUGCUGCAAGGACGCACCGGUCGAGGAAUUCAACGGCUCAUGCGGAUACUACUGUCUCAGCUACGAACAGACGGUUGCUGAUCUGAGGACUUGCUUCAUGGACAACGGUGUCAACCCGAGGGAUAUUCUCUGCUCGGGGAACAAUACUGCGAGCGCGACGGGCACGCCUAGUGGUGGUGCGAGUCGCACGGGUAGUAGUGGUCCGGAUGCUACGGGCGAGGAUGGGAAGCCGGAUACGGGGGCUGCGGUGCAUGUGGGUGUGUCGAAGACUGCGGUGGGCCCACGUCCCCUCCCCCUCCUCGGCAACGUCCUCGCCAUACCCACAAAAAACGCCCAAUUCCAAUUCACAAAAUGGGCCUCCCAAUACGGCGACAUCUACAGCCUCAAGCUCUUCCACACCACCACCAUCGUCCUCAGCUCCCGGCGCCUCGUCCGCGAGCUCAUCGACAAAAGGGGAACGACAUACAGCAGCCGUCCACCCUUCGUCUUUGCAACAAAGUAUAUCGCGCGCGAUCCCGCGAAUAUGCCUCUAGUCGUCUUCAUGCCGUCGGGCGAGAAACUGAGGUUAUGCCGCAAGUUACUGGCGCAGUGUUUCAACGAGGCGAAAGUAGAGAAAGAGUACAUCGGACUUGUGGACGCGGAGGCUAGCCAGAUGCUGUGUGAUUUUGUGAAAGAGCCCGAGGAGUUCAUGGGGCAUACACUGAGGUUCGCGAAUAGCACUAUCAAGAGUCUAGUUUACGGAACAAGAACGAGACAUGCGGAGCAGCUGGAGGAGUACAAGGCUUGGUUUGACAAGUACGUUGCGUUGCUUGAGGUUGGUGCAACACCGCCUGUGGAUCUGCUACCGUGGUUGAUACAUGUGCCGCAGAGUAUAUGGACUGGACGCUGGAAGAAUUGGAAGGACAAGAGUGAGGAGACCAGCAAGGCUGUUAAUGCUGCGUUUACGCAGAUGGCGAAGCCGGUGUUGGAGAGGAGGAAACGGGGUGUGCGUGCGCCGACUGUAUAUGACUAUGUGCUGGAUGAGGGCGAGAAGGGGAUCGAUCUUACGAGAAGAGAUUUGGAUGUGUUUGCUGGGUCGCUAAUUGAUGCCGGAAGCGAUACGACGGCGUCUGCUAUACGAGUUUUCAUUCAGGCGAUGGCUAGGUAUCCGGAUGUUCAGGAACGAGCACACAGACAUGUUGAUGAGGUGGUGGGAAGCAUGCGGUCCCCCGGGUGGAGCGAUGUCGCGAGGUUACCGUAUGUCGUACAGAUUGUCAAGGAGGUCAUGCGUUGGAGACCUCUUGCGGCCUUGAUCAUGCGCUCUACUACUGCUGAUGACACGAUUGACGGCUACUUCAUCCCGAAGGGCACGACUGUUCUCAUGAACGUCUGGGCCUUGAACCAUGGCCCAUGUGAUGUCGACACUUGUGAAUCCCCAAUGUCGGUUUUCAAUCCUGAUCGCUACGAAACGCGUACGCACACUUCAGCUCAGUACGCAGCAUCUCCCGACAUUGCCUCACGAGAUCACUUCACUUUCGGUGCUGGUCGUCGUAUUUGUCCUGGCAUGCAUCUUGCUGAGCGCAGUCUCUUCAUUGCUGUUGCAAAAUUACUUUGGGCCUUCGAGUUCAAGGAGAAGUCUGGGAAGCCUAUUGAUAUCGAUCCUGACACUGGGUUUAUGGAUGGUAUUGUGAGGACGCCGAAGGAUUUUGAAUGCGAGAUACGGGUGAGAGAGGGACGCGAGGGAGUGCUUGAAAGGGAAUUUGCGGAGGCGAGAGAUGUGUUGGUGAAGUAUGAGUUGUGA